AUGGAUCUUUUGAAAGACGCUGCUAAAAACUUGAAUCUCUAUGAGGUCAAAGCGUACGUGCGUAAAGCACAGAAUGUUGCAAUGAAUUACACCGAAAUAGAAUCAAAAGUUAGGGAGGCUACAAAUAAUGAGCCAUGGGGUGCACCUACAACUUUGAUGGCACAAAUUGCUUCAGCAACCUACAAUUAUAGAGAGAGAGAAGAAAUUUUGGCAUUUAUUUUCCGUAGAUUUACCGAAAAAGCUGCUAAUGAAUGGAGACAAAUUUACAAGUCAUUACAAUUGUUGGACUACUUGAUCAAAAACGGAAGUGAAAGAAUUAUCGAUGAUGUUAGAUCAAAUCUCUCAUUGAUUCAAAUGUUGAAAUCUUUCCAUUACAUUGAUUCCAAAGGCAGGGAUCAAGGUAUCAAUGUUAGAAAUAGAUCAAAGAAUUUGAUUAACUUGUUGAAUGAUGAUGCGCUAAUCAGGAGUGAACGGAAAAAAGCCAGGGCAAAUCAGAAAAAGUUUGGAGGAGUUUCAUCUGCCGCAUUUGGUGGUGCUUCAUCAAUUGGAACUGGCUAUGGUGGAUCGUCUUCCACUUUCGCUGACGUAGACGAUGAUGAAUUCACUAAUAGAGUGUAUGGGGAUGGUGGGGUCUAUGGUGAGAGGUACGACGACCCUGCUUCGGCUUACCAAAAUGGGGCAACAGGAACUGGCGGAGAUCAAUUCGAGGAAUAUGAUGUUCAACCAACCACAAAGACAGCGGUAUCAAAAGCAACCACCAAAGCCUCGAGGGUAAAUGCAAAUGCAGCAGCAAAGUCUAAACCACAGCCUAAGGAACCUGAGAAUGAUCUUUUAGGUGAUUUGUUGGGACUUGACGAUGCUCCAAGGCAAGCAGCAUCUAGUAGUGCCGGUGCUGAUGACGAUGAUGAUGAUUUUGACGAUUUCCAAGCAGCUCCUUCACAACCUCAGAAGCGAAACAAUUUGACAACCAACUUAUCCGGUUUAUAUUACCCACAACAACAACAAACACAAUCUAUUCCACAAUUUCAGCAAUUUCCAUCACAACAAAAUGUAUUUUCUGGAAGCACGGGAGUCUCGUCAUCAAAUACUGGCGCUUCAUCUACAGGACCUGCAAAGACAUCCAACAACGAUGCUUUUUCAUCCUUGUUCCUGUCUGCAAAGACCAAAACAGGUGGACAUAAGUCAAGUGGUUCCCAAUCAAAGCUGACUGCAACGUCUUUUUCUACAACUACUUCCGCGCCAACCGCUUCACAAAAUGAUGAUCUUUUUGGUGACUUUAGUUCAAACAACCAGUCCAAACCCGCAACCAAUUCAAACACUAACAACAACAAUGGAGGGGAUGUAGAUUUGUUGAGUUUUUAG